UUGUCAGUGAACAAAAUGGCGUCUUACUGUUUGACUGUCACUAGGCUGCGGCUGGCCCUUGGAACCGGGGCAAGGCGUCUCCAUGUCUCUGCAGCCUUCAGCGCCAAGGCCAAGGUGGCCAUGAGUCGCUUUGAGCCCGGCUCCAGCAUUAACUAUGAGAAGAUGCACGAGAAUAUCAACAUUGUGCGCAGAAGGCUCGGCAGGCCUCUCACUCUGUCGGAGAAGAUCGUCUACGGUCAUCUGGAUGAUCCAGCGGGGCAGGAGAUAGACCGCGGCCGCACCUACCUGCGCCUGCGUCCAGACCGCGUGGCCAUGCAGGACGCCACCGCUCAGAUGGCCAUGCUUCAGUUCAUCAGCAGCGGUCUGCCCAAAGUGGCGGUUCCCUCCACCAUCCACUGUGAUCACCUGAUUGAGGCUCAGAUCGGAGGGACUGAGGACCUGCAGAGGGCUAAGGAGAUAAACGAGGAAGUGUACAACUUUCUCGCCACUGCCGCUGCCAAAUAUGGAGUUGGCUUCUGGAAACCUGGAUCCGGGAUCAUCCAUCAGAUCAUCCUGGAGAAUUAUGCCUAUCCUGGCGUGAUGCUGAUUGGUACAGAUUCCCACACUCCCAAUGGCGGUGGCCUGGGGGCCGUCUGUAUCGGAGUGGGUGGUGCUGAUGCUGUGGAUGUCAUGGCUGGAAUUCCUUGGGAGCUCAAGUGUCCUAAAGUGAUUGGAGUGAAGCUGACAGGAACCUUGUCUGGCUGGACCUCUCCGAAGGAUGUCAUUCUGAAAGUUGCCGGCAUCCUGACUGUGAAGGGCGGCACUGGAGCCAUUGUGGAGUAUCACGGGCCUGGAGUCGACUCCAUCUCCUGCACUGGAAUGGCGACUAUCUGUAACAUGGGUGCUGAAAUUGGCGCCACCACAUCCAUUUUCCCCUACAACCACCGCAUGAAGACAUACAUGGAGAAAACUGGACGUGGAGAGAUUUCGUCUGUGGCCGAUCAGUUCAAAGACGACUUGGUCCCAGAUAAAGGCUGUGAAUACGACCAGGUCAUUGAGAUUAACCUGAGUGAGCUGAAGCCCCACAUCAACGGGCCGUUCACUCCUGACCUGGCCCACCCGGUGUCCGACAUCGGGGCUACGGCUAAGAAGAACGGCUGGCCCCUCGAGGUCAAAGUUGGUCUGAUCGGCAGCUGCACCAACUCGAGCUACGAGGACAUGGGCAGGGCAGCCUCUCUGGCCAAGCAGGCUCUGGAUAAAGGUCUGAAGUGCAAGGCUCAGUUCACAGUCACCCCUGGUUCUGAGCAGAUCCGCGCCACAAUCGAAAGGGAUGGAUAUGCGAAGAUCCUGAAUGAUGUUGGCGGAAUCGUACUCGCCAAUGCUUGUGGACCCUGCAUCGGACAGUGGGACAGGAAGGACGUGAAAAAAGGAGAGAAGAAUACUAUCGUCACGUCCUUCAACAGGAACUUCACUGCCAGGAAUGACGCUAACCCAGCUACUCAUGCGUUUGUUACCUCUCCUGAGAUUGUCACCGCUAUGGCCAUCGCCGGGACACUCAACUUCAACCCAGAGACCGAUUAUCUGACCGCUCCUAACGGAGAGAAGUUCAAGCUGACACCACCCACUGGUGACGAGCUCCCCACCAGAGACUUCGACCCGGGCCAGGACACCUACCAGUACCCCCCGUCUGAGGGCAGCUCAGUGAAGGUGGACGUGAGCCCCACCAGCAACCGUCUGCAGCUGCUGGAGCCCUUCGACAAGUGGCAUGGAAAAGACCUGGAGGACAUGAGGGUCCUCAUCAAGGUGAAGGGAAAGUGCACCACCGACCACAUCAGCGCUGCCGGGCCCUGGCUGAAGUUCCGCGGCCACCUGGACAACAUCUCCAACAAUCUGCUGAUCGGUGCAGUCAACAUCGAGAACGACACCGUCAACAAGGUCAAGAACCUGCUGACAGGAGAGUACGGAGGUGUGCCCGACGUGGCCCGCCACUACAAGGCCAAUGGAGUGAACUGGGUUGUGGUUGGAGACGAGAACUACGGAGAAGGGUCCAGUAGAGAGCACGCUGCCCUGGAGCCACGACACCUUGGAGGACGCGCCAUCAUCGUGAAGAGCUUUGCCAGAAUUCACGAGACAAACCUGAAGAAGCAGGGCCUGCUGCCUCUGACCUUUGCAGACGCGCACGACUACGACAAAAUUCGCCCUGACGACAAGAUUUCAAUUGCUGGGCUGAAAUCCUUUUCUCCCGGCAAGCCUCUGACAGCAGUGAUCAAACACAGCGACGGCAGCCAGGAGUCCAUCUCUCUAAACCACACCUUCAACGAGACGCAGAUCGAGUGGUUCAGGGCCGGCUCCGCUCUCAACAGGAUGAAGGAGCUCCAGUAAUAGGUGGAGAGUAAGGAGGAGGGGCCUGUAGGGGCCCCACUGAGGGGCCUUGGCAUGGGUUAAGAAGGGGAAAGACGUGGGCAGAGAGAGGGCUUCGCAAAGAGGAAGAGACAAUGUAAACGGAUGGUAACCAGACCUGCUGGUGUCAAAGUUGGUUUAGGGACAGCUGUAGUCAUGUUAAAGAAAACACACACACACACAAGGUCGCUGUACAGAUGAAAAGCGCACACACACACA